AUUUCCUAUCAUGCAACAUGAUCAGGACCCCUUCUAUCAAAUGGAAUUUUCUGUUAUCGUUAUUAAUACAAAGUAUACCUGCUUUUAAAUUGUCGCGUAAGUCCUGACAAGAAGGUUUUUUUUAAAGCCGCUGUUGGUUUUGAUGUCGCUUUUUAUUCCUCCCGGACCGCUCGUAUUUCCUGUCGGUUUUAUUUCCUGGUUGGGGGUUGUGUUGCUCAGCUGGUUUCAGCGCACAGCAGACAUUAAAACCUCGAGAGCGAGCGAGCGGGCGAGCGCGAGGGGGGGCACAGAGAAAGCUGGACCAGUGAGCCUGGCUGGAAUAGCGAGAGACACCCAGACCGCAAAAAUCAGGAACACCGGAAAGCAGAGAACUGCAAUCGCAGGCAAAGCAAACGGGCGAGGCAGGGGGGUGUGUGUAUUGACAGAUACAUUUAUACGUCUCCCUAAAACCAAAUAAAGUGUGCCAUAUUGAAAUGGCAGGGCUGGAGGGGGCAAGCUAGUGCUCCAGAGCAUCGACAGCAGCGGACUGCUGCCUGCCGGCCGCCGCACCACACGGCUCGGACCAAGCAGUGGAGCACCGCGCCUCGGCCCUUCUUAGUGAGAGAGUCUGAAUUCUUGACAGUUACUGAAAGAGAAAUAGCUACACGGACAUCACGUUGUAUGUUUUAUAUGACAUCAUUUGAUUUCACUCGGUGUCCAAAGACGUGCGAGAGAAUAUGCGGGCAGGAGAAACAGUCCUGUCUUGUGCACUUGGCCGCCACCGGCUUUUUUAAUUGGGGACAUCUGCAUCGCAGUGGCUUACAAGCGUUAGUCGGGAUCGUAUAACCGCCGUAGCAAGGGUGAAUAUUUGUUUCAUCACGUCUGGCUAAAACUACGCUUUCAGAUCGUUGGGGCGAUUCUCAGGUGCUAGUUUACACCUGUGCACAUCCAUCCAGUAACACAGACGACAUAAUCACCCACUGGCAGCGGUGGCACAGUCUGCGAUCUCUCUAAUCUCAUUCAUUUUGACUGCAUCGAUUCCUGCUUUGAGCUUGGAAUUGCCUUCCCGGAAGAGAUGAAGAAGUUUUUUGACUCGCGCCGGGAGCAGGUCGGAUCGGGACCCGGUUCCGGAGCAGGAGGUGGAGGAUGCAGCAGUUCCGUGACAGGGAGCAGCUAUGUGGGCCGAGUGUUCAGCGUUGGUCGCCACCAGGUUACUGUGGAGGAGACACUUGCAGAAGGUGGUUUUGCCCUUGUGUUUCUUGUGAGAACACAUCAAGGUGUGCGCUGUGCCCUGAAGAGGAUGUAUGUUAACAAUGAGCAUGACCUGCAAGUAUGCAAGAGGGAGAUUCAGAUCAUGAGAGAUCUUGUAGGGCACAAGAACAUUGUGGGCUUUCUCGACUCCAGUAUAACAGCAGUGGGAUCAGGAGAUGUUUGGGAAGUUCUCAUCUUAAUGGAUUUUUGUCGUGGAGGACAAGUUGUUAAUCUAAUGAACCAACGCCUCCAGACUGGCUUUACGGAGGCCGAAGUCCUGCAAAUCUUUUGUGACACUUGUGAUGCAGUUGCAAGACUUCAUCAAUGCAAGACACCAAUUAUUCAUCGAGAUUUAAAGGUGGAGAACAUCCUGCUCCAUGACCGAGGACAUUAUGUCUUGUGUGAUUUUGGCAGUGCAACCAAUAAAUUUCAGAAUCCUCAAAAUGAUGGAGUGGCAAUAGUUGAGGAGGAGAUUAAGAAGUAUACAACCUUGUCAUAUCGUGCUCCAGAGAUGGUGAACCUCUAUAGUGGCAAACUCAUCACCACAAAGGCAGACAUUUGGGCAAUGGGCUGUCUGCUUUACAAGCUCUGCUUUUUUACCUUACCAUUUGGAGAGAGUCAAGUGGCUAUCUGUGAUGGCAGCUUCACCAUUCCCGACAACUCUCGAUAUUCCCAGGACAUGCACUGUCUUAUCCGGUAUAUGCUGGAGCCAGACCCAGACAAGCGCCCUGAUAUCUACCAGGUUUCAUAUUUUGCCUUCAAAAUGUCUAGAAAGGACUGUACAGUUCAGAAUGUGCAGAAUUCUCCUAUUCCAACAAAGCUUCCUGAACCAAUCCGAGCAAGUGAGGCUGCAGCCAAGAAGAGCCAAACCAAAGCCAGGCUGACUGACCCCAUUCCCACUACAGAGACCUCUAUUGCCCCUCGUCAACGACCAAAAGCAGGGCAGACUCAGCCAACUGCUGGCAUCCUUCCCAUACAGCCAGCCCUCACUCCACGCAAAAGAGCUAAUGCGCCUGUCGUAACACCUCUUCAGCAAGGGCCUCAGUCAACAGCUGCCAGUACUCCUAUCCAACCACAGAAUGUCCAAGCCUCACAGCCCCCAGCUUCACAACCGCAGACCACGCACACCCAACCUCCACCUUCUCAACCACAGGUCCCAGCCUCUCAGACACAAACACCAUGCACCCAGCCACAGGCAAAUCCCCAACAGCAGCAGCGCUUCCUGAAACAACAACAGGGGGCUUUUUUUAAUCAGCAGCAGGCAUUGCCAGCUCAGCAGCAAUACCAAGUUAUGCAGCAGGCAGCACAGCAGCAGCAGCAGCAGCAGCAGUGGAUGCAGAAUUUCUACAUACAGCAGCAACAGCUUAUGGCUCAGAUGCCUGUGACAACAACAACAGCAGCAGCACAGCAACCGUCCCCUCAACAGAAUCAGGCACAGCAGCAGCAGUCUGCACCUCAGCAGAGUCAGGCACAGCAGCAGCUUACACCUCAACAGAGACAGCAGCAACAGACCCCACCACAGCAGCCCUCUGCUCCUCAAAAGCAGCCGCAGCAGUUACAACAGCCACUAGCUCCACAAAAGCAGCCUCAACAGCAGCAGCUGCCACUUCUGCAUAGGCAGUUACAACAGCCACCAGCUGCACAGAAGCAAGCACAGUCAUUACAGCAGCAUCAGCAGCAGGCCUCUGCUCUGCAGAUGCAACAACAGCAGCCAUCUGCCCCACAAAAACAGCCACUGCAGCAGCAAGCUCAAGCUCAACAGAAGCAACUGCAGCAGCCUUCACUUCAGCACCCUGUUCAGCCCCAAUCAACCACUGUUUUGCCGCAGCUGCCAUCGCAACAAGGGGCUGCUCAGCAGCCUCAGACUUCAUCACCAGCAUUGGCAGCACAGCCUGCUGUUCAGAUCCCUGCCAGCCAGCCUCAACAGUCAGCCACACAAAAUAAACUGAGUUCACCCCCAACAGAACAGACGGCGCUGCCCCAUUCCCGGGCAGACCACGGAAUAGCUCAAAAAGUGGGAUCUCUGACCCCUCCAUCCUCACCAAAAACUCAACGAGGUGGACAUCGACGCAUCCUGAGUGAUGUCACUCAUAGUGCAGUCUUUGGGGUCCCAAUCAGCAAGUCCACCCAGCUGUUACAGGCUGCUGCUGCAGAGGCGAGCCUCAACAAGUCCAAAUCUGCAACCACUACACCCUCUGGGUCUCCCCGUUCCUCCCAGCAAAAUGUUUACCAUCCCACCAUUGAACAGCCUGCUUCUCUACGUAGCCCUACAGAAGCUGCCAGCUGGAAUCCAUUUGGUAAUGAUAACUUUUCCAAGCUGACAGCUGAGGAGCUGCUCAACAAAGAUUUUGCCAAGCUGUCUGAUGGUGAGAGCUUAGCUAAACAUGUAGAAGUGAUGAGCUCCUCGACAGAAAACCUGAUUCCAGGACUGCAGCCAGCCCCUACUGCCCCUUCUGGCAACUUUGGUGAUAAGCCAUUUUCUCCUGGUACUGCUGAAAGACCAUCUGAUAUUCUGGGUCUCGCUCCCAGCUCUGGUCUUUUGAGUGUGCCGGAUCCAUUUGCACCUGUUUCUCUCUCUGAAACCCCAGAGAAGCUGAUUGAGGGGCUAAAGUCUCCAGAAACUUCUCUGCUUCUUCAUGAUCUUCUGCCUCUCUCUGACCCUUUUGGCAGUUCUGUGGACAGCUCCAAUGGAAAGUCGGAUGUCUUGGUGGACUCCUUGAUUCCAGGACUGGAAGCACCGCAGGCUCAGCGCCUGACAUCUCAAACAGAUUCAAUUUCUUCAGCUCUCACAGACACUUUGACGGGGGAGGACCCUCUCCUUGGCUGUUCACUGCUUUCUCACCCCACCACCACCACUGCUGGUGCCACUGCCGCUGUUGCUACAACCUCCUCUUCUGCUGUCUCUGCCUCCUCCACCCCUGUCUCUGCCUCAUGUGCCAGCCUCAGCCUGGAUGAGUUUGCACCCGUCUCCCUUUCUGCCCAGCUACACUCUGACUCUCCCAACCUGAUCUCGGGUUUUGACCUUCCCGAUGACUCAGAGAAAGUGACAGAGGAUGAGUUUGAUCCUAUCCCUGUUCUCAUCUCUAAAAACUCUUCCCAAGGUGGUCAUUCUCGAAACAACAGCAGCAGCUCAGAGUCCAGUCUUCCGAACUUGGCCAGGUCAUUGCUCCUUGUUGACCAGCUUAUUGACCUGUGAAAGGCAGCACUGGGGAGGGGGGAAUCGCACAAAAGAUGCACCAGCUAAGUCCCUCCAAAUCCAGGAUCAAUCUUGUCCCCUUGGGUGGCCCCCAGAUGUCCACUAUGGAGUGUGCACUCAGACUUUCCACUCUUGGGAUUCUGUUACCUCCUCAACAUUUGAACUUUUGGUUUCAGAACUCUCACUCUCUUAACGUCUGCUGUUCUCCCUGGUGUGACUUUUCUUCAGCUCUGUUACGCUUUUCUGUUUGGACCUGUUUGCUCCUCUGAAGAACACUUUCACAUUCACCGAGACAACGUUUGCUGAUGUGGCAGUGUCACCCAUUUCUUUGAAGGCAGGGAGAGGGUCUGAAUUCUCACCACCCCAAAGCUGUACAGGCUCCAGAGAUAAUUGUAUCUUGUAGUGUAGUCAUCCCUUCUAGCCUUUGCACUGGAGACUGAAUUCCCAUUUUUUUCCACACCUUAUGAACACACAACGCAGUACAUGUGCCUCUGCACAGAACCUAACAACAAACUGGUGAACCGAGCUUACCAUGCUUAGCGAUUUAAUGUGAUAUUUUAUAGGGCGUAGGUUUUUGGUUGAUUGGUUUGUAUUUGUAUAUGUUUUAUCCAACAAUAGUUUUUUUUUUUUUUUCAUUUCUGUCAAAGUUUAAUCAGACUUUUUUGCCUCUAGGACAUUGUUUCUCAAAUGGUCUUUUAUUAUAAAGUACAGGCAUUUUUAUACCAAUUGACAGUAGGGAUUUUAAAAUAAAUCUGUUGAUUGCAAGUAAAAAAAAGAAGUUCAAUUUGGGAGUACAGCCAUUGUGAAAUGAUGCUAAUUUUUUGAGAAUAAUUGUUGGAGACAUUGUGGUUACCUGAAGGUGUCAUCAUCCAGUUAUUGUUCGAUGCUACUUUUAAAUGCCAGUAUUUCUAACACUGUUGGGAAACUCUGUCCUAGAAAUCUGUGGUCUGCUCUGACAUGUCUGUCAUAUAUUCCCUGCUGCCAUUCUUUCUUGGCUGUUUGUCUGCAUUUGUAUUCUGCAGCAUCAGUGGAAAACAGCAGUUGAUUUAAGAAGAGAAAAAAGUUAACUACUGUUUAAAAAUAAAGCUCACUGUGAGCUUUUAUAUAGAAUUCGUGGCUUAGAGGUGUGAGCUUUCAAAUUCAACAUUUUCCUUUUCGGCUAUCAUUAUGGGAUGUUCUCUUUGAUCCAAUCAGAAUCAGGCCUUGGUAAGGACAAUCAUUUGCAUCUGUCAGGUUGCCUAUCCGCCUGUGCAGUGUUUCUGAGGUUAGUCUUUUGCAGUUUGGUUUCCAACGCUUCCUUUACUAAUUAAUUUAGGUUUACUCUGUCCACAUCCUAAUAAAGAGUUUUUGUUUUGCUCUGUAAUUAUGGGUGGAAGUAGGGAUUAUAAUUUACUUGCAUGGAAGUCUAUAAGUUUUUUCAAUUAAACAAUAUUUAAAGUUUUUUUUUUCUCGUAGCAACAACCUUUCUUAGGCUUAAAGAGUCAGAAACAGGAAGGCAUAUAGCUAUGGUUUUCGUCCGACAAUAUCAAUUGCUUUGGAGGACAGACAGGAGGUCUUGGCCCUGUGAUAAAUAAUACGUGAUAUUAGACUAAUAAAAAAAUUAUAAAUGUGGACAUUUUUCUGGUAUAUAUAAACAUAACAGUAAAACACUUUAUGAUUGAGGAUGUGCAUUCUAGUUUCACACAGAUGUUUCAGAAUUAUUUUUAAGGUGCACUCCUCAAAGAUGUAUAUGCAUUGCUUGUUUUAAAUUGGAUCCCGCUAAGCAAUGGUAAUUAUUUCUAGCCAUACAAUAAGUGAUGGAUUCAGUUGGAUUCUAAUGCUUUCUUUUUAUACAAAACAGUGUAUGCAUGCAGUUUCUCUGCUUUGUCGCUGUCAAUCCCAUACACCUAUGCUUAAAUAUGAUCUCAUUAAGGUGUACUGACCCCCCAUGGUAAGGGUGCACCACUUGAGUUCCAUGAGAUUAAUUGCACUGUCUCUCAGAAUUAUAAUCGUAUUUAGCUGAAUCCAAGAGUUGGAACCAGUGAUAAAAUGAACAGAAUGUAAUCAUCUGGCUCACUCUGACCCUCGAUUUAAAUACCGAGUCAAUGUGUCCGUGUAUAAAGCGGAAUUCAUUAUAGUAAAUAGGUAUAUUAGGUCUUUAUAGUGUUGGAGAGUUACUAUUGCACGGAGACAUUCCUCUGUAAAUAACCAGUAUUUUUUUUUAAUGUACACUUAUUUCCUCCUGAAAUAUUGACAGUCUGCUUAUACUGUACAUUUGAUAAUAGUCUGUUUUCAGACUGUUAUAGAAAGGAAAAAAAUAAUAAUAAUUUGAAGGGACUGCCAGUCAUGCUAACUCCUACCUUGUCUUUACUCCUGAGUUACUGGUAGCGGCUGAAUGUUCUUAUUCUAUGUGUGUGGGAGUGUAUGUGUGUCCUAUUUUUGUUUCUUUUAAUGUAUAUAUUAAAAUUACCACAAACCAAUUCCUGUAAUUAAUGUUAUUCCAAGUGUAUACAUAAAAGAAAAUUUUAAGAAGCUUUUCUUUUUGGAAUAAAUGGUACAAAUAGUGUUUAAAAUAAGAUCUAAUAAUUUUCACAGUAUGAAUAAGUGUGAAUAUAGUUAGUAUGAUAUAGGGUGAAUGUAAGAAGUGAGUAUUGGAAAUAUACAGUGCAUAUAAAUAUAUAUAUAUACAUAUAUAAAUAAUAUAGUUUUAAGAAGAGACAUUUUCUGUGGUUUAUCAUUAUUUCUCAACUUAAUGUUCAUUUUUUUAAUCUGACUCUACCAAGUAUUUCUUUCUCCUUUCUCUUCCUGUGUCACAAACAUUCUCUGGCAAAGGUAAUGAAUGUUAAAUUUCUAAUGUUAUCAUAAUCAGCUGUGCAAUGCCUGGCUCUCUCACAGCCGAGGUUCAAAAAAUCCCUUUAGUAUUCAGUUAUCCUGAGAUGACACCACAUAACUGGGUGCUUUGUUUUUGGGGGUGUUCUUCAGCUCUGGCUGCCCUUCUGUUUAGAGGCAUAACAUGCAGAGAGGUUGGUAUCUGCUUUAAGACAAGGCAUUCUUGACAUUUGUACAUUUUAAAGGGACAAGGCAAUUAAGAUUCCAAAUAUGUAUAUGAUUAAAGUUCAGUUUUGUAAUAUGAAGGGAUGGAUAGCAUUACAGACUGCUGAAUGAUUAUUGAUAUGUGCAAGGCACUGUAAAUAACUGACAGCUGCAAAAGCUUCUCAAAGUAGUCAAUUUGUGUGGAAACAGCUGACCACCAGGUGACAUGUCCUGGAACGUGGUCUUUGCAAGUCCCUGUGUCUCCUAGUUAUUAUUACACUCCUGUUAAGUGAAUAACUCUCCUAAAGAAUGUAGAAAUUGCAUUUAAAUAUAUUUUCAUUAACUUGUUUAAAUGAUGAGUACCAGAAUUGGUCUAGCUUUUCUAAAAAGAAACCAAUUACACUUGCGUGCAGUGGAGGCAAGAUCCCAAAGCUAGGCAAAUCUGUGACAAAUCUGACGACUGCAUGCUUAAAUAUGGAGGCAAGUCUCGUCACUGUGGAGGCAAAUGAAACU